AAUGAGACCGCGGAGUCCGCCUGCUACGGAGUAAAGCUGCUGCCCCGUCAGCCCCCUUUUCGCGACGCGGCUCGCUGCUUCCGCGUCGGCCGCGAAGGGAUGGGGACUCGGACUCGGAGUCUCCGCGGGGACUCCCGGCCAUGAAAGGCAGGGACUCGGCAGGGAGCUCAGCACCUGCCGCUGCACGGGGACCGCUUGGCGGGCGGGCUCCGCCUAGCUCACUGCUAUGGACAGUGCGAUCACCUUGUGGCAGUUCCUUUUACAACUCCUCCAGGAGCCUCGGAACAAGGAUAUCAUCUGCUGGACCUCCAAUGACGGAGAGUUCAAGCUGCUGCAGGCGGAAGAGGUGGCCCGCCUUUGGGGGAUCCGUAAAAACAAGCCCAGUAUGAACUACGACAAACUCAGUCGUGCUCUCAGAUAUUACUAUGUGAAGAACAUCAUCAAAAAAGUGAAUGGCCAGAAGUUUGUUUACAAGUUUGUGUCUUACCCGGAGAUUUUGAAUAUGGACCCCUUAGCGGUUGGCAGGAUUGAGGGUGAUGCUGAGUCUCAGACGGGCUUGUUAGACGUUAGCAAUGCUGCAAAGGACGUGGAGAAUUGUGGGAAAGAGAAGCCUCAGCCCUGUGCAAAGUCCUCCAGCCGCAAUGAUUAUAUCCACUCAGGCCUAUAUUCUUCAUUCACUUUGAACUCCCUGAACUCUUCCUCUUGUGUAAAACUCUUUAAGCCAAUCAAAAUGGAGAACCCGACUGAGAAACCGUUGGAGAAAAAAGGUGCUCAGGAUCCGACACCGUCGGUCAUAAAAUUUGUGACCGUAUCCUCAAAAAAGCUUUCAAUCUCUCCCCUCGCCUCUACUGCUCAGCCGCCCUCUACUCUGUCAGCUGCCUCCACUCUCCCUUCUGGCUCAGAUGAGAGUCUGCAGGCUUUGGAGUCCCUGGUAACACCGAAAGCGUCUCCCACUGAGACGUCCACAUCCUUGCUGAGCUUGACCACCAAUUUUGCCCCUACGCCUCCUGCAGCCUCCGUUUCUCCUCCUCUCCAGGUUCCUCCCAGGUCUCCUUUGCCACCUUCAAGUUCUGACCUGGCUAUAGACACAGAUCCUGAGCCUGUGUCGUGCCAGCAGCUGGACCAUUCUCAGAACCAAGCCUUGGAGUUCAAAGAGCAGGGUUCCUCCAUGCUAGAAAAGGAGUUUCGUCAUAGCCGAACUAGAAAGCCUAAAGGGCUGGAAAUUGCUCCCACUCUGCUCAUUACUGGCAGUGACCCAAGUCCGCUGGGGAUACUAAGCCCUUCUCUCCCGACUGCUUCUCUUACACCAGCAUUUUUUUCACAGACGCCUAUUUUGCUGACCCCAAGCCCCUUGCUCUCCAGUAUCCAUUUCUGGAGCACUCUCAGUCCAGUUGCCCCUCUCAGCCCGGCAAGAUUGCAAGGUGCUAACACCCUUUUCCAGUUUCCAUCGGUGCUGAAUACUCAUGGACCAUUUACGAUAUCCGGAAUGGACGGGCUCUCCACUCCUGGGCCUUUCUCCCCAGAUUUGCAGAAGACAUAGGGCAUGGCCUUCUAGGAAAAGGACAGGUGGGAAUCAAGAUAAAGAGGUUUCAUCGAAAUGAUGAAAUCUGGUUUGCAAUAUGGGGUUUGCAAUUCCACAGAGACAAAAUGAACAGGCUUGGGUUUUUUUUUUUUUUUUUGCUAUUCCCAGUUUAAAUGCCUUUUCAAAAAUUCCUUUCAAGACGUAAGGGAAUUGUUAUGGAAACGCCUUAAUUGGAGACUGUCCUCCAAGAUCACUUUUCUCACCUGGUUCUUCUGAUUUAAAAAGGCUUCUCUUGGUAAAGGGAUCUCCUUUGGUUUUUGAUUUUUCUUGAGGGGGGUGGAAUGCAAUGAUUGAUUCUGCAGCAGCUGAUACCAGUCACAACUUUCCUUUUUGACUGGUAACCUUUUGCCCCUUUGCUUCUUGUGUAACCUAUCAAAAUAAUAAUCGCUAUUGGAAGCUGGCAU